AUGACAGAGGGUGAAGUGGGCAAAGAGUUCUUCAUCAUCCAGUCUGGAGAGGCUGAGGUGCUGAAAGGUGAACCGGGUAGUCAGAAGAAGGUCGCCGCGCUGAAGCAGGGUGACUAUUUCGGAGAAAACGCCUUGCUUCGGAACGAGCCCCGCUCUGCUACGAUCAAGGCGGUGACAGAAAUCAGGACUCUAAAGAUUACCCAGGAGAAGUUCCAGGACCUCGGUCUGAACGAAAAGAUCCAGUUUGCCAACAGAAAAGCAGUGGGUGCUGGAGGCAAACGGCAGCUGGUGGUACAGGCGCCCACCGAAAAGAACACGGAUGAGCGGCAGCUUAUGGAGAAAGCGCUCAAGAAGAACGAGAACAUUCAGACAAUGGUGAAACUAGACGAGAUCCGGGUAAAGCAGAUCAUUGACAUUGCCUGGAAGGAGAAUGUGCCUAGCGGGAAGGAAAUUAUCUCCGAAGGUGAUUUGAUUGCCGAUUACUUCUAUAUCUGCCAGACGGGGACAUUUGAGAUUUUUGUUGCGGACACCAAAAACGGUGGUGAAGGGAAGCGCAAGCUGGUGCAAACUGUGACAGCCGGUGGAAGCUUUGGGGAGCUAGCGCUGCUCUACCUGGUGCCACGGGCAGCCACGGUCAUUGCGAAGGAAGACUCAUCAGUUUGGGUCAUCGAUCGCAAGAACUUCAAAGACAUCCUGAUGAAGGUCUCUGACGAGAAGAUUCAGGAGUACGUGAAAUAUUUGAGCAGGGUUGAAAUUUUGAGCAGUUUGCUCGCUGCAGAAAAGCAGCAAGUGGCCAAAGCGCUUAUGGAGGUUCAUUUUGCGAAGAACGAGGUGAUCAUUCAACAAGGUGAUCCAGGCACAACUUUUUACAUUCUCUUUGAAGGAGAGGUUGCAGUCUCGAUAGAUGGCGACGAAAAGGUUCGGCUCCAGGCUAGCGAAGACAGGGGAACAGCUCAAUAUUUUGGCGAGCGUGCCCUGUUGCACAACGAGCCGCGGGCGGCGACGGUCAGGGUAGUGUCCAAGGAUGCCAAGGCACUGGCGCUGGACAAGGAAGCCUUUGACCUGCUGCUGGGACCCUUGGAGGAAAUCCUGGCUCGCAAAGACCAGGGAAAUCAACCAUCAAAGGGUGCCGUCGCUCCUCCUGCAGGAGGAGCAGGUGGUGGCCGGGAUCCAAACAGGCCAAAGAUCCUGAUGAGUGAUCUCCAGAAGAUCGGCCUCCUCGGAGCCGGCGGCUUCGGUGCCGUAGAGCUUUGGGAGCACAAGUCGAGCGGAGAGACCUAUGCCAUGAAAUGCAUCAGCAAGGGUUUCAUCGUGAAGACGGGAAUGCAGGACAGUGUGAUCACUGAGAAGAACAUCCUCUUCAUGACGAACUCAGACUUCAUCAUCCGUCUGUACGAGACGUAUAACUCCAAGCAGUCGAUCUAUUUCUUGAUGGAGCCUGCUUUGGGCGGAGAAUUGUACUCGAUGUACCAGAGGAAGGGCUUCUACGGAAGCGAGAAGCACGCGAGAUACUACUCUGCGGGCGUGGUAUGUGCCUUCGAACAUCUGCACGAAAGACACAUCAUCUACAGGGAUCUGAAACCGGAGAACCUGCUUCUCAAUGAGAAGGGCCAUCUUAAGGUCACAGACAUGGGCUUGGCGAAGUUUGUCAUCGGCAAGACCUACACGACCUGUGGCACGCCGGACUAUUUCGCCCCAGAAGUCAUUGCGUCGACUGGACACACUCAUGCCGUGGACUGGUGGAUGCUCGGGGUCCUCGUCUUCGAGUUCAUGACUGGAUCGGCUCCUUUCGAAGCGCCAUACCCCAUGCAGAUCUAUGCGAAAGUUCUGAAGGGCAUCAACUCCGUGAAGUUCCCUCCGCAGCUGUCGCCCCAAUGUGUGGAUCUGAUAAAGGCAAUCUGCCAAAAGGAGCCAGCAGACCGAUUACCGAUGCUUCCUGGUGGUGCCAAAAACCUCAAGGCACAUGCCUGGUACAAAGGCUUCAACUGGGACAAGUUUACGGAGUUCACUCUGGAUCCCCCCUUUGCACCGAAGGUGAGGGGCAAGAAGGACUUGGCAAACUUCAGCGUCCAUCCUGACGAGAUGCCGCGUUUCAUCGAGUACGUGGACGAUGGAAGCGGGUGGGACAAGGACUUUGCGACGUGCUGA